AUGCUCAUCUCCAGAGAUCGGAAAGCCUUUGAAAAGGAUCUUUUGAACCGUGCUAUGGUUAAUCCCAAAGUCUUUUACAGCUACAAAAGACAAAGCACGCGGAACAAGGAUCCCAUCCCACUGCUGCGAACAGCCGAGGGAAUGGAAAUCUCCGAUGACAAGGAUAAGGCUGAACACCUCUCUCAGUUCUUCCGGUUCGUAGUGACAAGUGAAUCUGAUUUUCUCUCCCCCAUUUGUGAAGACGGAGAACAGCCUACCCUUGAAGCCGUAUUCUUCACCGAAGCAAUUGUCCGGAAUGAGUUACUUAAUCUGAAAGAAUCGACCUCCCCAGGCCCUGAUGCAAUCCCCGCCAAGCUGCUAAAGUAG